CAACACCACUGCUACAAUGGCAUUAUUGUAAUUUUACCCACUCGAUACCCUUUAUCUCCUCCCAUCCACUCCCCAAUUCCAUCCCCAACAAACCGCCCUAAUCCAAAAAUGAGCGUAGUAAUCCUCGACGGCUCCACCGUCCGAUCCUUCGUCGGCGACGAAUCCGCCUUCAACAAAGCCAUCGGCGACCGCUUCUCCGCCCUCGAUCUCAACUCCGACGGCGUCCUCUCCCGCUCCGAGCUCCGCCGCGCCCUCCAAACCUUCCGCCUCAUCGACGCCGAUUUCGGCGUCGAUGCCGCCACGCCGUCGGAUCAGAUCUCCGCUCUCUACGAUUCCAUCUUCGAUCAGUUCGAUGUCGAUGGGAACGGGACCGUAGAUCUCGCCGAGUUCCGAUCGGAGAUGAAGAAGAUACUUCUCGCGAUCGCCGACGGGCUCGGUGCUUCCCCGGUUCAGAUUGUUCUCGAGGUUGAGGAGGACGGAGGGCAUGGAUUGCUUCAGGAAGCGGUGGAUCUCGAGGCGGCGAAGCUCGCCGGCGGCGAGCGUAAUUAGGGGUUCUUGUAGCCGUUGGUCGAAAGCUGUAUUGGGAUAUAAUAAUGGGGGAUGAGAUUCCUCGUGUUGUGUGACAUAUAUGUAAAAUAUGUGACAAUGGAGCAUCGUAAUCUUACACGUGUCAUUUUUUUGGUAUCCCUAUCACAUAGAAGUAAUCUUUAUAUCAUAAUAAUUUAGCGUAAAUGAUAAAGUUUAGGUGUUAGAAAUGUAAAUACAUAGGAAUUGGAUGGUAUGUAUGUAAAUGCCACAUAUUUUUAACCAUACAUCAUGUGAAUGGGUAGAAAUUUGAGAAGAGAAGGCUACCAAGAAGAAUGUAAGCUAUGGAAUAAGACCAAAUCACAUUACCAAUUCUUCUUGAAGUU